GACUAGAGAACAGAAUAUCCAAUAUAUAAUACAUUUUACCUCUGUAAGAAAAAUACAUUUGAGAAUGAGUUAAGGCGGGGCGAAACAAGUUCGUCAUCCAACUCCCGCCCCUUUAUUGAAGAGGCAGAGAGCAGAGCACAGAAAAUGUUAAUGCACUCAAGCGAUGGAGGGAGCUGGACGGCUUGGACGGCUUGAGUAUUUUUAAACGACCCAGUAUCCCCGCGUGUGGUGCGCUGGUGUGGAGCACAMGAGCCUACUAAAAUGUGAUUUUGAACAGCAUAUCAACUUAAAAUAAUUUCGGAAAAUAAGGACUUUACCUAGGCUUAUUACGGUUCAACGCAACUGCCUGGCUUGAGAUUUUAAUAUGCGUGAUACCGAUGGUAUAGACUAAUUGUUUACCAUUCGAACGUUCACAGCAUGUUGCCGUCACUUUGCUAAACAUGUGAAGCGUAUCGUGCUUUAACAUAUCCGACUGGAUUUGGAACUGUAAUUCCGAUACUGUUUUCAGGGAAAACAAGACGUUUUGCGGAGGUGUGCAAUUUUGACCAUAGGAGAGCCAUAUGGUCGGGUAUAAACUGAACUCACCUUGGAACUAACAUAUGUUUCAUCAGAAUUGACAGUGGGGAAAUGUACACAUUUUGGGCACCAACUCAUCAGUCUGGAAUUGCUACAACCACUGUUCCUUUCUAUUUUACUUUUCUAUUCUAAAACAAUAAGUACUUUGUGAUAUUAACUUUCCUGAUAUCAACAUGUAUAUUUUUCAUUUGAGGAUUGCCAUUUUACUCUGGUGCCAACUUGUUAUUGCUGCAUCCAGUUUGGAUAUCGGAGCAUAUGAUAUAGAGAGGGGCAGACCUGCAAAAUGUGAACCCAUCACCAUUCCCAUGUGCCAGGGCAUUGGCUACAAUAUGACAAGAAUGCCCAACUUCAUGAAAUACGAAAGCCAAGCAGAGGCCAGCAUCAAACUGAAUGAGUUUGCCCCUCUAGUGGAAUACGGCUGUGACGUGCACCUGCGCUUUUUCCUCUGCUCCCUCUACGUCCCCAUGUGCACUGACAAAGUGUCCACCACCAUACCUGCCUGCCGACCAAUGUGUGAGCAGGCCAGGCAGAAGUGCUCUCCCAUCAUGGAGAAAUUCAGCUUUGGCUGGCCUGACUCACUGGACUGCUCCAAGCUGCCCACUAAAAACAACCCCAACUCGCUGUGCAUGGAGGCGCCUGAGAAUGACACCAAGCAGGAGAUCAAGAAGGGGGAGGGCAUGCUACCGGUGCCCCCCAGACCCAGGCAGCCCGGCCCGGGUACCAGCGGGCGCUCYGGCAACAGCCUGGGUUCCUGCGAGAACCCAGAGAAGUUCCAGUACGUGGAGAAGAGCCAGUCAUGUGCCCCGCGCUGCUCCUCGGUGGUGGACGUGUUCUGGUCGCGGCAGGACAAGGACUUUGCCUUCAUCUGGAUGGCGGUGUGGUCCACACUCUGCUUCAUCUCCACCGCCUUCACUGUCCUCACCUUCCUGCUGGACCCGCAGCGCUUUCAGUACCCGGAGCGGCCCAUCAUCUUCCUCUCCAUGUGUUACAACGUCUACUCGGUGGCCUUCGUCAUCCGCUCGGUGGCCGGGGCCGAGAACAUCGCCUGRGACCGGGAGAAUGGCGAGCUCUACGUCAUCCAGGAGGGGCUGGAGUCUACGGGCUGCACCAUCGUCUUCCUCAUCCUCUACUACUUUGGUAUGGCUUCAUCUAUCUGGUGGGUCAUCCUCACACUCACCUGGUUCCUGGCCGCUGGCAAGAAGUGGGGCCACGAGGCCAUCGAGGCCCACAGCAGCUACUUCCACAUGGCCGCCUGGGGCAUCCCAGCCAUGAAGACCAUCGUCAUCCUAACUAUGAGGAAGGUGGCAGGGGACGAGCUGACGGGGCUGUGUUAUGUGGGCAGCAUGGACGUUAACGCACUGACCGGCUUCGUGCUCAUCCCUCUGUCCUGCUACCUGAUCAUUGGCACCUCUUUCAUCCUCACGGGCUUCGUGGCYCUCUUCCACAUCCGGAAGAUAAUGAAGACGGGCGGCACCAACACGGAGAAGCUGGAGAAACUCAUGGUGAAGAUCGGUGUGUUCUCCAUCCUGUACACGGUGCCCGCCACCUGCGUCAUCAUCUGCUACUUCUACGAGAGGCUCAACAUGGGGUACUGGAAGUUCCAGGCGCUGGAGAACAAGUGUGUGUCGUUCCCCGGGCGCCGGCAUGAGGACUGCUCACUGGAGGAGUCGGUGCCCACCGUGGCAGUGUUCAUGCUGAAGAUCUUCAUGUCUCUGGUGGUGGGCAUCACCAGCGGUGUGUGGGUUUGGAGUUCCAAGACCCUGCAGACCUGGCAGGGCCUGUGCAACAGGAAGCUGUCGGUGCGGACUAGCAGGAAGCCUUGUAGCAGCGUCAGCUGCAGCACCUCRCACUGUCACUACAAGUCCCCAGCCGUGGUGCUCCACAUGGCCAAAACAGACUCUUACCUAGAGAGCCCCACACACGUCUAACAUUUCAAGUGACACUUCUCACAGUGUCUUGUAUUGACAAUGCCAAAGGAUGCUAUUUUGUUAUGUGAUCAUUUGAAAAGCUCAGGUUGGAUUGCAUCUAAUGCUCGAUUAGUAGCAAUARCUGAACGUAACAGUGGUUGUGCUUUCGUUUGGUGACAGAUGAUCCACAUUGCUUUCAGUUAAACCACACAGUUCGGUGCACAUGCAGAAUCAGAUAUGCUUCUGAAGGAAACAUUUCUUGUAUUGUAUGCCAUAGAGCUAGUUGGUUGUUUCUGGUUAACCAACUGAACAUGAAUGCAAAAUAGAACUUGCAUGGAUGUAUCAACAUUUGGUUUAGUGUUCUCUCCCUGUAAAUGUAUUUAUUGUGUUGGGUAUUUAAUUGCAAGUUCUUCAUGGUGUUUCCUAAGGUUUUGUAUAUUGUAUAUAAAAGCACAUGUACUAAAGAGUUAUGAGUUAUGAAUAUAGGGCCUGUUGAGAUGUAUAAGUGCCUUUGCAAAUACAUAUUUUUCAAAACAAUGGACAUUAAUAAAACAUAUUUAUAUAUUUUCA